ACCUAAGAGCAGUCACGUCACGGAGAGUGUGUGUAUGUGCGCGCGCGUGUGUGUGUGUGUGUUGAUUGUUCGUGUUGUUCAAGUGUUAGCCGGACUGGGGGGAGUAAGGACGGACAGACCGUGUUGAAGAUCCCAGGAAGUUCUGUCUACGCUUCGCUGAGCGACUCGAUUCUGCUCCGGAACCGGACCUGCAGGAUGACCCAGCGGGGCCCGUCCGAGUUUACCCCACCGCCCGAGUGUCCGGUGUUCGAGCCCAGUUGGGAGGAAUUUGCAGACCCGUUUGCGUUUAUCAAUAAAAUCCGACCCAUUGCCGAGAAAACCGGUAUCUGCAAGGUUCGACCGCCGCCGGAUUGGCAGCCUCCAUUUGCAUGUGACGUUGACAGACUUCAUUUUACUCCACGAAUCCAGAGGCUCAACGAGCUUGAGGCUCAAACAAGAGUUAAACUCAACUUCUUGGACCAAAUUGCCAAGUUUUGGGAACUACAAGGAUGCACACUUAAAAUUCCACAUGUGGAGCGGAAGAUCCUCGAUCUGUACCAGCUCAACAAAUUGGUUGCAGAG